AUGACGACAAGCAGACAAGACUAUUACGACCUGUUGGGUGUCAACCGAGGCGCUUCGGAUGAGGACAUCAAAAAGGCGUUUCGCAAGCUUGCGAUGGAGUACCAUCCCGACCGCAACAAACGGGAAGGAGCCGCGGAGAAGUUCAAGGAGAUAAACGAAGCCUAUCAGGUGCUGUCGGAUUCGCAAAAACGCUCUGUUUAUGACCGAUAUGGGCAUGCAGGGGUGUCCGGCAACGGCGGCGCGAGAGGCUUUGAAGGCUUCGAGAACUUUAGUGGCUUCGGCGACAUCUUCGACGCAUUCUUCGGCGGCACUACAGGUACACGCCCGAACGCGCCCCGGCGAGGCGCGGACUUGAAGUAUGCGCUGACCAUAGACCUUGUAGAUGCGGCUCUCGGCAUCGAGAAAGAGGUAAAGCUGGAGCGGACGGAAGUGUGCGGCGGGUGCAACGGCAGCCGCAGCGCUCCGGGCAGUUCGCCAAACAUUUGCAGCAACUGUGGCGGCACGGGACAGGUGAGGCGCGCUCACGAGAGCGUCUUCGGUCAGUUCGUUCAGGUUGUGCCUUGCGGCGUAUGCCGCGGCGAGGGACAGACUAUAACCGAUCCCUGCGACACCUGCAGAGGAAUCGGAAGAGAGCGCCGUUCCCGCACACUUGAGGUUGCGAUACCCGCAGGCAUCGAGGAUGGAGUGCAGAUUCGCCUGCGAGGCGAGGGCGAGGCCGGACACAACGGCGGCACACCCGGCGACCUGUAUGUGCUGAUCCGCGUCAGGCGACACGAGACAUUCCGACGUGAGGGCAACGACAUCCUUUACACUCUGCCCGUCAACAUGGCUCAGGCGGCGCUUGGCACAAAGAUAACCGUUCCCACGCUUACGGACGAAGAUGCGGAAAUCGUCAUUCCCGCCGGAACGCAGACGGGCGCGGUCAUCCAACUGAGGAACAUGGGUAUCCCCUACAUGCGCAGCAGUCGCAGGGGCGAUCAGCGCGUAACGGUUGAUGUGCAGACCCCGAAGAAGCUUUCUGAGGAACAGCGUAUGCUAUUCGAGGAGCUUGCUAAGAGCUUUGGUGACGAUCCGGCGGGCAUAAGCGAACAGGACAAGGGCUUCUUCAACAAGCUCAAGGACGCUAUCUCAGGCGAAUAG